AUGACUCUUCAGCUUCAACCCAUAGAUUCUGAGGUUGAUUUUCCUGCGCUUACACGGUGCAUGUUUGAAUCCUAUGAACGCCCUGUGCAAAAAUUCUUUCAUCUUUGGUUUCCCAUCCAAGGAACAGGUGACAAUGCCCGCGAAGAUGCAAUUAAUGAAGCAGCAAGUCGGCUAAAGCUAUGGCACACGCACGAUCCAUCGAGUUACUGGCAAAAAGUCGUUGAUACCGAAAAUGGUAGAAUUUCAGGAGGGGCUCUCUGGAAAAUCUACAAUGAAAACCCAUUUGAAAACCCACCCACUUCUACUGUGACUUGGUUUCCGAACGAUAGCUCCCGCGAGUAUGCCGAGCAGGCACUGCAAACACAUUCUAGACCUCGGUAUAAAGUUGCGCAGAAACCACAUAUUUAUCUUCAUAUCGUCUUUACCCAUCCAGACUACCGACGCAAAGGAGUUGGCCAACAGUUUAUGAACUGGGGUAUGAAAAAAGCGGAUGAGUUAGGGUAUGAGUUUCUUCUAGAUGCAACACCGUACGGACGACCUCUAUAUGAUGCGAAUGGUUUUGUCUAUGUCGAAGAGAACAUCAAUCAUCCACAGACCAAUACUCCGGAUGAAAAAUGGAAAGAGAUGGACGAGAAAGUAGGCCCUUUUACUUUCUGGCUCAUGAGGAGGCUUCCUGAUGAUAGAAAUGAGGUAUAA